AUCCCUCCCACUGCAAGCACACGGUUUCAGUUGCACCCAGUGUUCAAGGAGGAAGCAGGUACAACUCUUCACAGCAAGUGCUGCACUUGGACCCGCUCUGCCAAAGAGGACAAGCACAUGCCAAGAUCCUGUGCAACCAGCUGCUUCAGCGGUGACCAAACAGGCCGUUGCUGAGAGUGCUGUCAUCCUUUCGUCAGUCCUCCAGAACCUGUAUUGCCAGAAAAAAAAUCUACCCUGCACUGCUAUAACCACCACAGAGAUGAGUCUGGCCAAGGAGCGCAAGCCAAAAAAACCUCACUAUAUCCCAAGACCCCCAGGAAAGCCCUUUAAUUACAAGUGCUUUCAAUGCCCCUUUACCUGCAAUGAGAAAUCCCAUUUGUUUAACCACAUGAAAUAUGGCUUGUGCAAAAACUCCAUCACGUUGGUGUCUGAGCAAGACCGUACAGGCAAACCCGGCAAGUCUGUCAUUGGUGAUUUGACCACAAAGCUCUGCACUGAACCCGCUGACCCAAACCCUGCUCCAUGUCUCAACUCUGAUGUGACACAACGGGACAGUGCACCUGAUCACAGAGCUGAAGAUGUCACCUUUCAAAGGAAAAACAAAUGUCAGAGUCCUAAAACCUCUGCAACCAGUGAGCUGGAACAAUUACCUGGCACAAGGGGCAGAAACAUAAGCCAGACUCCAGAAGGCACAGUACGGUCUUCUGCCUUUGUGCCCAUUGCAACACUCCCAUCUGCAGAUAGGCCAUCUGUCUGUGAAUCCAUCUCCUUGAUAAGCAAAUCAAAGAAUAUUGUCUCACCUCUUCCAAUAAAAUCUGCAUUCUACAACCCCAGUGGGCACUGGCGGGCAGGCCCUGGCUUGAUGUCACCAGACUUUGCCAACAAAUUUCCAAACAGCAAGAUAGCGUCUACAAGUUACAUGCCACCCAUCAUUUCAGAAUAUGCCCCUUACUAUUUUGCAGAACCUUCAAUGCCAAGCCUCUACCAGCCCUGUUUACUUCCUGGAAGCCCCCAUGAGACUGAAGGUUCCCAGUUCCCUGCAUAUUUUUCAGCAGAUCAGAGGCCUUUCUUGUCUCACACCUUCCCAACAGCAAGCAUUCAAAUUUCUGGGGCACUGCCACAACCAGCCUUGGAGCAUCAUUACAGGUACUACCAGGCUCUCCAUCAGAACCCCACUUUUCCAUAUGGGGUCUACAGGCCCCCGGCAGCAGCAGCAGAGCAUGCUUUUCAGGACUUCAACUCCAAACUAAUGCAUCCAGCUGAGGUAUUCGCAAGAGAAUUAGGUUCUCACCAGCUGGCAGAUAAUCAAGCACACUACCAGAUGACUAAGAAUCCACCUUCAGCGCAGCUCCAAGGAAAAGCGAGUCCAGAGGUCGAGAAAACAGCAGCAAACACGGAAACAGAAGUGAAGGCGCCCGAGGAACAAAGAAGUGUUAAGAUGAGUCCCCGGGCAGCAAGUUCUGCGACAGGGUCCCCAGACAGACCAAGCCAGACCAGCUUGACCCCAAACAACUGCCAAGACCUCCCAGAAAAUACCCUGCAUGUCCAAAGUACAGCUAAUGUACAGACAUCUAGAAUGACUGCAACAUCAGACGGACCGCAACAGGAAGAAUACCACUCUUCAACACAAAGCUGCAGUGGAAGGGCAUUCGUCAAGUAUUCUCCACCACACAAUGGUCAUCAUGCUGCUAUGUCCAGUGAAGAAGAAGAUAUGGCACCCCUGAAUCUUUCAAAAAAGGACCAUUUCUCUGACGAGCACUCGCCCUGCAUUGUAAACACUGCGUGGGAAUCUCCAGGGUUAGCGCAGCCUCAAGACCUGCCCUUAAACCUCUCAGUUAAAGAUUCCUCCACUAGUAACAUUCAAGCCAGCGCAGUGGAGUCAAUGACCAAAAGCAAAGAAGCUGGCCAAGUGGACUCUAAAGGCAGACAGGCAUGGCAGUACUGGGAAAAAACAUCCAACCAUGAAGCAUCCAGUGAAAUGCACGCAUCCAGAAUAACUGACAGCGGUGACGAGCAGAAGCAGACGGCAGCCUUUGCUUUAUGCCAGCUGGCCACUUGUAGUCCCAAAACCCUAACCAGAGAUGGGUCACCCUCCCAGUCCAAGGAAAAUUACGAAUGUCAGGACACCAAUUCUGAAGGUGCACAGGAAACCCUGAAUCUUUCCAGCUUACAUGUGAAAGAAGAGCAUCGUAAAAGCAAAGCACACAAAAGGACAAGCCACAAGGAAUGCACAAAACCAGAACCAGAGCCUAAGAAAGCAAAAGCCUCAGAACCAGUACAGAGAUUGCGGAAAAGGCCCCGCUGCUCGUAAAAUGACCCGUCUGCAAGACAUUCGGAGCGCAAAGACUGCUUUUUGCACCUAUUUAAAAUGUCCAUUAGUACUAUAAUACUUAAGUGUCACCCUGUCAUGUGCAUCUCUUAACAGACUGUAACUCAAGCAGGAUCUGUUCCAAUUUAGAACCUGUGUUUUGGGCACCAAUUACUGAUUGUUAAGCCACACUUACCCAGCCUUUAGGACAACUGGACCCUGUCUGGAAUCACAAAAGCCUGAUAACAAUUGAUCAGCGGGCUAGAAAAUUAACUGCUAAAGAAAGAGAACGACCAGGAAUAUGGUCACAUUUGAGACUUUAUUGUAUGUACAGUUUGUUUUAUACCGUGGGAAAAAAACAGUGUGAAUGAUUAUUUAAACAAAAUAUUUAUUGAUAUCUAAAAUGGCACUAUGGUGAUGGAUUUUUUUUUUUUUUUUAAAUAACUGUUUUUCAGAAAAAAUAAAACCAAUUGAAAAUAA